AUGGCGGUGUCUUUUGUUUUGUUUAAUGUAACAUGUGGUGUCGCUUUGAGUGCUCUUGACGACCUUGCUAUUUAUUGUAGUUGUAGCAGCAAGGCCUUGGAGAAAGCUAGUAAGAACCAGGCAGUCAUAGACUCCAUUGAAGAACCUAUUGAAAAGGGUCCAUGGUACAGUGCAUCACUUGCAAUAGCUCGUAAGAGGCAUUUUGUGUCUUGUACAUUUCUUGUGUCUGGACCACAAGGCUCGGGAAUUUUCCAGUUGAAGGUAGUCCGUAAUGGAGAUGACUCCUGGUUAUCAUCUCUUCUGCCUCGUGAUUAG